UAAAACUCGGAUGAGGGGCCGAAUGGCGGCAAAUUACUCAUGUUAUUGUUUGUCCUGAUUUGUAACCUGUCAUUCAAGAAUUAUAAUUCAAGAAUUAUUACUAUUACUUACAAUUAUUGGCUACAAUACUUUUACGAAGGAAAAUGCAAAUCAUCAUCCAAUCGAAACAUCAAUGAAUAUCUAAUGAUAGAGUUCCAAGGUGACCUUGAGACCAAAUCAGAAGAGGCCCUGGGAAGCAAAUUAAUCGGUGAUUUGCAUUUUAAUCAUGAGGGACAUCCCAUCAUGAUUAUUGGGCACCACAUUCUCCAUGGAAAAGUUCAAGAUCUUGAUAAACCCUUAGUAGUCAUUACGAAAGAAAACGACAAUGUUCCAGAUGAGAAUAACGUCACAUAUGGUGUCACAGCCGUUAUCAAGAAAAAGAUGAUAUUUAAAACUCGGCCCAAACCGAUAGUUGGCGAAAUGAUAAAGAAAUUGUGAUAAUUUUGUAUGUAUUUACUACCUCCAUAUGUCAUACACCAAUCCUAUAUGGGUAAUCUUUACAGUUUUGUUUAUUGUUUACAAGCCGGGUUGAAUUUUAAAUCCUGGGCCUGGAGGAGGUUCCGUAAGAGAUGUAAGUCCAUCACGAGGCUCAGCGGCGAAACGUCCAUUCCUGGAAAAAACCAAGCUCAUUUUAUUUUCAAAAUUCAAAACUUAAAUGAAGGCAGAGAAAUAUACCUAGGACCAGCUUUUGGUUCGCGUCCAGCUUUCAAGUCAUCAAUGAUUUCUUCUGUAUCCUUCUCAGUCAGAUCCUC